CCCCCAUUGAAGAUUCGAAUUCCGCGGGAAGAAGUGUGCAAUUACUGACAUGUCCGAUAGAAAAUUACGUCGGAAGUCAGCAAUAGUUACCUUUGCAGGAGAUGAUGAGGUUUUGCAACACAUUGUAGAUGCAGAAAAUAAUUCAACAAGGGAAUCAAAGUCCCGCAGAAGAAGUCAUCCUCAAGUGAAGCAGAAGACCAUUGAAGAAGAGGCGAGUGAUCAUAGCGACGAUGAGAACCUUCCAGUGACAAAAUCUCAGGCCUUGGAAGAUGACAGCCAGGUCAGUGGGGGGGAUGUGUUUGGCUUUCGGACUCCCAAGAAAGCUGGGCGUAUGGAGCAACUGGCGUCAGAGGCUAAAACACCAAAAUCUAUUUUGAAGACACCAAAAUCAAAAGAAGGAACGCCAAGAAAGUCGGUAGGGUUCACCCCUUCAAAGGAAGAGCCCUGCACACCAACCAGUAAAACUCUGCGACAAAGAAAACCAGCUGCUAGUACUCCCUAUAGACUUCAUAAACGACACGGCGCAGGUAACUCUGACUCUGAGGACAGUCUGGAUACAUCAGACAGUGACAGUGAUGACAAUGAAGGUGCUGCCCCUUCUGUACCGACCACUCCAUCUGGCUCAGCCACCAGGGCAGCACGACGAAAGAUGGAUGAAGUCGACGUGAAAACUAAUGUGGAAGAGUACUUUGACAUUCAUGCUUCUGAUACUGGUCCCACAUCUGAUGCAACGCUAGCCAAGUUAGACAUGCCCCAUUUAGAUCACAAGUCCCUGAACGCUCUCCUGACCGACGUGCUGUCAUCACAUGCAGCAGAGUGCAGGCUCCUCUAUGAAGAGUACACUGACAUGUUCAGAACAUGGAUGUAUCAGAUGUGUAAUGGAUUCAACAUUUUGCUGUAUGGAUUUGGGUCCAAGCGUCGUUUGCUGGAGGGUUUCAGGGAGACGGUACUCAAGGGGUUUUCUAACCUUGUUGUCAAUGGAUACUUCCCCAGCCUGUCUGUCAAACAUAUAUUAAACUCCAUAACAGAAGAAAUUCUUGAUCAUAAUGGAAGCUUUAAAAGUCCCCUGGAUCAAGUUGAGUUUAUUAAACAACAGUUUGACAAAUCAGGUGAUGACUUCUACCUGAUCAUACACAACAUAGAUGGCACGAUGCUGCGUAACGAGAAGACCCAGAAUAUCCUCAGUCUCCUCAGCCUCAGUCCCCACAUUCAUAUACUGGCCUCGGUGGACCACAUCAACUCAUCCCUCAUUUGGGACCAGACCAAGUGCUGUCGUUUCCGCUGGCUGUGGUACGAUGCGACCACGUUUGCCCCGUACAUGGAGGAGACGUCGUAUGAGAACUCCCUGCUGGUGCAGCAGACGGGCGGCCUGGCCCUCAGCUCCCUCACCCACGUCAUGAAGUCCCUCACACCCAACGCCAGGGGAAUCUUCCUGCUGCUGGCAACCUACCAGAUGGAGAACAAGGAUAACAACAACUAUAUAGGAAUGUCCCUACAAGACCUGUACCAGAGAUGUCGGGAGAGUUUCCUUGUCAACAGUGACCUCACACUGCAGGCCCAACUCACUGAGUUCAGGGACCACAAGAUGAUACGCUCUAAGAAGAGUUUUGAUGGAGUUGAACAUCUGAUGAUACCAAUAGACGAAGGAACACUGAAGGAGUUUAUAGAAGAACACAAGGAAUGAGUUGGCUUGCUGGGGAAUACUGGGAAUGAGUUGGCUUGCUGGGGUGCUUGUGUUGUCAACCUGAAAUUUAAAGAUCUACAUAAUGGCAGUGUUAUGAAUAUUGUGAUGAUCUUCAAACAUGAGUCUAUCCAACCUGUUAUAAUAUCUUUUGAUCCAGGAUAUAAUGACAAUUCUGUUCCUGCCAUGAUGCCUUUGGUAAACUAUUGUGGUCAGGUCUAUGUCUGGUAGCUGUCAUCGAGGGACAUGUGGUGUUUACUUUAGCUUGUAACCACUGUAGAGGUCACAUUUGUUUAUCCAUUCUUGUUCAAACUUGGUCAGUAUGUUUAUCUUGACAAUAUCUAGAUUGAGUUCUAAUCGGGGUAUAAUGCAUGCACAAACUAGGUAACCAGGUCAAACUUGAGAAAAACCUUAUCGAUAUAUAGAAAGCCACAUUCAUGACUCAAUCUUUAUGGAAUGUUUUAAAAAGGUGUAUUUCAACAUUAUCUUGGCUGAACAUCAGUCAGGUGUGUCAAAAAUUGGGUCACCAGUUCAAAUCUGAGAAAAACCUUGUUACCACUCAAGAGGCAAUAUUUUAUCUGGUGGGUGACCUUAUAUACUCAUUGUUUUCACCAAUAAUGGCUAUCAACAUGUUCUAUUGUUGACUUGUUACAAGUUGUAGGAAGAAAAUAUUUACAUACUUUUGAGCUCAACUGAGCACAAUGUACUCAAAGUGGGUUCUUGUGAUUGCCUUUUGUCGGUCAUUCCACAUGCAUUGUCUGGUGACCAUUGUAAACUGUUGCCUUGGGAACACCAUAUGACGUGUGUAUUGCCCAAUCUUUAUGAAACUAGGUCAGAACAUUUGUGCCAAAAGAUAUCUUGGCAGAUUAUGAAACCGGUUCAUGUAGGGUCAAAAACAAGGUCCCAAGAUCAAAUUAAAGAAAAAGGGUUGUGAACACUCUUAAAGCCACAUUAAUUGCUCUAAUCUUCAUGAAACAUGGUAGGAACAUUUUUCCCCAUGAUAUUGUUUCUGAGAUCAAAACUGUGUCAUCUGAGGUCAAUGGUAAACAUAAAGAAAAGGCCUGUGAACACUGUAGCCCUGAGGACACAUUGAUUUCCAAUGUCAUGAAAUUAUGACAGAAAUUUGUUUCAAUGACAUCCUGACCGAGUUGUAACUGGGUCACAUGGGUCUAAAGACUAACUAAGUUCCUAAGUAAAACGAAAUAAAAAGCUUGUUAACACUAUAUAGACCAUAUUUUUUCCCCAAUACUCCUGAAACUUUGUUAGUUUAUUAGUCUUAAUGAUAUCUUGGCCAAUUUUGUCUCUGGGACAUGUGGUUUCUAAAACUAGAUAACUAAGUCAAAGUAAUUAAAAGAGUGUUAACAAUAGCUCUGGGGCCUCACUUUUAUUGUCCAAUCUUAAUGAAACUUGGUCAGAUGGUUAGUUCCAAUUAUCUCUUGACUUAGUUUGAUUCUGGGUCAAACACAUGGUCGCUUGAUCAAAUUAACAACAGCCUGUAGAGACAACACUUAUCAACCCAAUGAUAUCUCAAAUGAAUGUGAGUUAUGUGUGUUCAAAAACUAGGUCACUAAGUGAUCAAAUAAAAGCUUGUGAACAGAAGCUCUUGGACCACACUAAUUGCCCACUCUUCAUGAACUUAAGUUAGUUAAUUAGUCAGUUCAUUAGUCCCCAAUGAUAUCUUUGCCAUGUUUGAACCGGAGACAUGUGGGUGUCUAUAACUAGGUCACUAAGUCAAAGUAAUUAAGAGUGUUUACAAUAACUCUGAGGCCUCUAUUUUGCCAAUCUUCAUAAACUUGGCCAGAUUGUAAUAAUCUCUUGUCUAAGUUAAAUUAUGGGUUAUUUUGGGUCAUAAACUAGGUCACUGGGUCAAAUUAAAGAAAGAGAUUGUAGAAACUCUAAAGACCACAUUUAUUUUCUAAUCUUCAUUAAACUUGGUGAGAACAUUUUGUUCCAAUUAUAUAUAUGGUGGUUUUUAACCUGUGUCUUGUGGGUUUAAAAACGGUCACUAGGCCAAAUUAAAGAAAAUGCUUGUGAGGAACAGAAGUCAUGUUUGUUUUCUUAAUGUCUAUUUUACUUUCUCUGAAUAUUUUUGUUAUAUUGAUUUCUCUUAUUAGUGAGAUAUGGUUCUUAUCAAUUGAUAAACCUAUAUCAAAACUAUUUAAAUACUCUAAAAGUCAUAUCUGAAACUUGCUCAGAACCUUUGUUCAAUAAUUGUGCUGCAAGGUGUAAGGUCAGUUCGUAUAUGUAUGUUCUGUAACCUUGUGAAAAUACUUUUUCAGAACAUUAAGUUCCUCAGGGUUUCAGGUGAGAACCUAAGGGAAUUUGACCCACUUUGUAGUUAUUUGUUUGUUUUUUGAGUUUCAAAUAAGGUAUUUAUUAGCACAUGUUGUUAAUGCAUGUGUCCUGGUGUGUUUGUUAUGUCAUUUACAAUAAUGCUAUCUAUUGUUGAGUAAAACUGGUAUUGUGUUAUUGAAAUUCCAAAACAUUGAAAUGGUGUAUGCUUCAUUAUGUACAUUCGUAUUUAUUAUGAAUUAAAUUGAUGAAAAACAA